CACAGAGUAUAUUAUUUAUAUCUCAGAUUUAUACUGAGACCUCAAUUUGUUUACAAGCAGAUAAUAAUAUUAUUGUUUGUAAAUAAAAUUAUAAAUAAUGUCCCGCACAUCACACACCCAAUUCGCAGUACUUGUAGAUUUUAUGGAAAGGAAUGGGGACCUGAACAACUGGCCUACCGAUGGCUCACAUGGCCGCUCGGCUGCUAUUAGCAAAUGGGAGGAGCUCUGCCGCAUUCUCAACUCUGACGGCAGUGGCACGGCCAAGACAGUGGAGAAGUGGAAAAAAGUGUGGAGUGACUUUAAAAACAACACAAAGAGGAAGGCCAUAAAGAUCCAGCGCGCUGCCAGCGGUCCAGGAGGCGGUCCAAGAGGUGGCCAUGCUCCACUGUCGGACCUGGAGCGGCGCGCGCUGGUCCUGGCCGGUGCCCCAGGACUUGGUGGAGACGUUUGUUCUACAGAACUUGGUGGAGAGGCUCGUUCUACGGUUUAUGAUACACCCAACCUAUCUCUAGUAAUGCAAUGCUGCAUGACGCUGAUCCAGUCUCACGGUUCUGUAGUGGAGCGAGUUAUAGACGACCCGGCCUUCCAGAAGAUACUGACACUCACUCCGCUCACUGCGGAGGAGCGGGGGCGAGUCACCUCUGAGGGAGUGAGGGGUAUGAUGGAUGAGGAGGAAGAGGACUAUGGAGAGACGGAUACAAGCGAAGUGCAGGAACCGGCAAAUGAGACUGAAAUAGAAGUACCAAUGGUGUCCGUAAAACACGAGAUAGUAGUGACCCACUGGCAGUGUUCGUGCGACGAGAUCUCGGGCCGCCACGACGACGCGUGCGCCGCGGCCGUUGUUGACUACCUCGCCCACUACCGGGUAAGUAUAUCGGCUUCUUGA